AUGCUUCGAAUCAACCUCAGAGCACUGUCGCAUGUCCGACAGCCUCUAGCCAGGCCCCUGGGUCUCUCCCGGUCUCUGCACCAGCAUGUCUCUCCCAAACAGACGGACUUCAACGUGAUCCAGUCUAAGAUUGAUCCUCUGAGUGCAGACUUUGCCGAGAAAAAGAAGGGUUUCGAGGUGCUUGCCAACAAGCUGGCCAGUAUCCAUGAGCAGGUGACUGAUCCCGCCUUCAUUCCUGAGAAGAUCAAGACCAAGCAUCUGGCCAAGAACAAGAUUCUCCCCAGAGACAGAAUCACUGCCCUCAUUGACCCAGGCACCUCCUUUGUGGAGCUGUCGCUGCUGGCUGGUCAUGAGAUGUACGGAAAGGACAAGGUCCCGGCCGGUGGCAUUAUCACCGGUCUGGGCCAGGUCAAUGGAGUCACAUGCAUGAUUGUCGCUAACGACUCCACCGUCAAGGGAGGAACCUACUUCCCCAUCACCGUGCGAAAGCACCUGCGAGCCCAGGAGAUCGCCAUGCAGAACAAACUUCCUUGUCUGUACCUGGUCGACUCUGGAGGAGCUAACCUGCCCCACCAGGCUGACGUGUUCCCCUCUCAUAACCAUUUCGGCCGAAUCUUCUUCCAGCAGUCUCGAAUGUCUUCUGCCAAGGUCCCCCAGCUGUCUCUGGUUCUGGGCCCCUGCACUGCCGGAGGAGCCUACGUUCCUGCCAUGUCUGAUGAGUCCAUCAUCGUCAAGGGCGGAGGCCACAUUUUCCUGGCUGGUCCUCCCCUUGUCAAGGCCGCUACUGGAGAGAUUGUGUCUGCGGAGGACCUUGGAGGAGGAGAGAUGCACUCUUCCGUGUCUGGUGUGACCGAUUACCUCGUUGAGUCUGAGCAGGAGGGUAUCGAGCGACUUCGAGAGUGCGUCAAGAACCUCAACUACCCCCAGAACAACGGCCACGUGACUUACAACCAGACCCCUGCCCCCAUUGAAGAGCCUCUCUACGACCCCAAGGAGCUUGGUGGUAUUGUUGGAGACAACCUGCGAAUUUCUUACGACGUCCGAGAGGUGAUUGCUCGAAUUGUGGACGGCUCCCGAUUCUCCGAGUUCAAGGCCAAGUACGGCGAGUCUCUGGUGUGUGGUUUUGCCACCAUCCACAACCACAAGGUUGGUAUUCUCGCCAACAACGGGCCCCUGUACUCCGAGUCUUCUCUCAAGGGUGCCCACUUCAUUCAGCUGUGCAAGCAGCGAGACAUUCCUCUGGUUUUCCUGCAGAACAUUUCCGGUUUCAUGGUUGGUUCUGAGGCUGAGCGAGGCGGAAUUGCCAAGAACGGAGCCAAACUUGUCAACGCUGUGGUUGGCUCUGGUGUCGAGCGAUUCACUGUUGUCAUUGGAGGCUCUUACGGUGCCGGAAACUACGGAAUGUGUGGUCGAGCCUACGACCCCCGAUUCCUCUUCACAUGGCCCAACUCUCGAACUGCCGUUAUGGGCGCCGAGCAGCUGGCCCAGGUCAUGGAGUCUGUUCGAUCCGAGAAGGGUCACGCCGACGCUCUGCGAGAGCGAGUGGAACACGAGUCCAUGGCUGAGUUUGGCUCUGCUCGACUCUGGGACGACGGAGUCAUCAAGCCCGAGGACACCCGAAAGUACCUGGCUCUGGCUCUGGAGGCUUCUCGAGGCGGUGUUCGACAGAAGGAGGACACCGACUUUGGUAUCUGGCGAAUGUAA